UCUGAGCUGCUGCUAUGAGGAAACCUCGCAGGAGGUCCCGGCAGGCUCUAGAAGGGAGACGUUCUCCUUCACCGUAUAGUUUGAAAUGCUCACCCACUCGGGAGACUUUGACGUAUGCCCAGGCACAGCGAAUAGUGGAGGUUGAUAUCGAUGGACGUCUCCAUCGCAUCAGCAUUUACGAUCCUCUAAAGAUAAUCACAGAGGAUGAGCUGACUGCCCAGGACAUUACAGAAUGCAACAGCAAUAAAGAGAACAGUGAACAGCCACUGUUCCCUUCCAAAUCCAAGAAAACGCAAUCUAAGGGCAAAAAAAAGGAGUCAGGCACCAAACAUGCUCCUGGGACAUCUUUCCAUCUACCCCAGCCCAGUUUUCGAAUGAUUGAUUCCCUCAGCCAGCAAGAUGCUCCAGCCCUGCCUACAGCAUACUAUCAGUACAUCGAGAAACCACCCGAGGACAUUGAUGUUGAAGUGGAGUAUGAUAUGGAUGAGGAGGAUCUGGCUUGGCUUGAUAUUGUCAAUGAGAAGAGGAAGAAUGACGGCUAUGGGUCAGUUUCUGCCGAGACGUUUGAGCUGCUGGUAGAUCGGUUGGAGAAGGAGUCGUACCUGGAGAGCCGCAACAAUGGGCCCCAGCAAACUCUGAUAGACGAGGAUGCCGUCUGCUGUGUUUGCAUGGAUGAUGAGUGUCAUAACAGCAAUGUCAUUUUGUUUUGUGACAUCUGCAACUUGGCUGUCCACCAGGAAUGCUAUGGCGUGCCCUAUAUCCCUGAGGGACAGUGGCUUUGCCGCUGCUGCCUACAGUCCCCUUCCCGCCCCGUUGAUUGUGUUCUGUGCCCAAACAAAGGUGGCGCCUUCAAACAGACUAGUGAUGGCCAUUGGGCCCAUGUUGUUUGUGCCAUCUGGAUCCCUGAAGUCUGUUUUGCGAACACUGUGUUUCUGGAACCCAUUGAGGGGAUAGACAAUAUCCCACCCGCUCGCUGGAAGCUAACUUGCUACAUCUGCAAGCAGAAGGGCAUGGGAGCUGCCAUCCAGUGUCACAAGGUGAAUUGCUAUACUGCCUUCCAUGUUACCUGUGCCCAGAGGGCUGGUCUCUUCAUGAAGAUUGAGCCCAUGAGGGAGACCAGCCUCAAUGGCACAACAUUCACUGUACGCAAAACUGCUUAUUGUGAAGCACAUUCCCCUCCUGGCACAGUGAAGAAAGGGCGUACAGCUACUGUCCGUGAAGGGGAGGAGGAGAUUGCAAAGAAUGAAACGGAGGAGGAGGGCGCUCCCAAGAACAAGAGCAAAGUGAAGUUGAAGCAGAAGGUAAAGAAGGAAACCUGUGCUUCUGCACCUUUGCUGGCGGUCACACAAAUCCCUUCUUACCGGUUGAAUAAAAUAUGCAGUGGACUCUCCUUUCAGAGAAAGAAUCAAUUCAUGCAGAGGCUACACAACUACUGGCUGUUAAAGCGUCAGUCGAGAAACGGAGUCCCAUUGAUACGGCGGUUGCAUUCUCACUUGCAGUCCCAGAGAAAUGCAGAACAGAAAGAGCAGGAUGAAAAGAACAGUGUCGUAAAGGAAGAACUGAAAUACUGGCAGAAAUUGCGACAUGACUUGGAAAGGGCACGGUUACUCAUUGAACUGAUCCGUAAGCGGGAGAAACUUAAACGUGAGCAGGUAAAGGUUCAGCAAGCUGCUAUGGAGUUACAGCUCACACCUUUCAAUGUGCUGCUCCGCACGACGCUGGACCUGCUGCAGGAAAAGGAUCCAGCCCAGAUCUUUGCAGAGCCUGUAAACCUGAGUGAGGUUCCAGAUUACCUGGAAUUCAUUUCCAAGCCAAUGGAUUUUUCUACCAUGAGGCGGAAGCUGGAGUCCCACCAGUACGGAACACUGGAUGAGUUUGAGGAAGACUUUAACCUUAUUGUUACCAACUGCAUGAGGUAUAAUUCUAAAGACACAAUUUUCCAUCGAGCAGCUGUCCGGCUGAGAGACCUUGGAGGGGCAAUAUUGCGCCAUGCGCGGCGGCAAGCUGACAAUAUUGGCUUUGACCCCGAAGUGGGGAUUCACUUGCCUGAAUCACCGAAGACAGAUGAUUUUUAUCGUUUUUCUUGGGAGGAUGUGGAUAACAUUCUGCUCCCUGAAAACCGGGCUCACCUUUCCUUGGAGGUACAGCUGAAAGAGCUGUUGGAAAAGCUGGACAUGGUGAGCACCAUGCGGUCAAGUGGUGCCCGCACCCGUCGCAUCCGCCUCUUGAGACGUGAAAUCAACUCUAUCCGGCAGAAGCUAGCCCAGCAACAGAACAAAACCAUGCCAAAUGGAGACCCGGCUUCUUGGGAGGAGGGAUUGGACAAGAUGCUUCAAGGAGACCGGGAUGAGGAUGGGGAGAAAGCAGAUGACACCAAGCCCCCACUUCCCCUCACUCUGGAGCCCACAGGACCUGCACCCUCCCUAUCGGAGCUGGACUCUCUGCAGGACCCUCCAACUCUCAAACCCAUUAGCGAAAGCAAGUCCUUGAAAAGACUACAUAAACGGCUGAAGUCCGAGGGCGAGCUCUUUGAUAAGAAGACACUGCCGAGGGAGAGCCACGCCUUCCAGCGCUUGCUCAGCGACAACGGCCUGAAUGGAUUGGCCCUUCAGGCCACGGGCGUUUCUGCCAGCCCUCCGUUUAGUGGAGUGGGCAGGCGGACAUCUGUCCUUUUUAAAAAAGCCAAGAACGGGGUGAAACUGCAAAGAGGUCUGGACUGCCCCCUUGAGAAUGGAGAGGACCACAGCCAGAGUGGGCAGCUCUCCCCCUCCAGCAUUGGGGGUGAGCGGCCAUCCCGGAAACGGCCGCAGACUGGGAGCUGCAGCGAGAGCGAUGGCGAGAAACCCCCCAGGCAGGCAGGAACGACAGCGGUGACCAAUGGCUUCAGAAGGCACAUAGAGAGCGGAUCUGACUCGGAGGGCAGUUCCGGCCUUGGCAGUGGACUCCCAUGUGAUGUUUUGAGUGGUCUGAUUCCUCGCAAACGGAGCCGAGGAAAGCCUGCUCUUGCACGGGUCCCGUUCUUGGAUGGCGUAAAUGGAGAUUUGGAAUACAGUAGCUCAGGUAGAAAUCUAUUGAUGCCCUUCGAGGAGCAAACUGAACUAGAACCACUGGAGCUUGUGUGGGCAAAGUGUCGUGGCUAUCCUUCUUACCCGGCAUUGAUAAUUGAUCCUGAGAUGCCCCGAGAGGGUCUCCUUCACAAUGGAGUCCCCAUCCCCGUCCCCCCUCUGGAAGUAUUGAAGCUGGGGGAGCAGAAACAGGUGGAAGCUGGAGAAAAGCUUUUCCUUGUCCUCUUCUUUGAUAACAAGAGGACAUGGCAGUGGCUUCCGCGGGACAAAGUUCUCCCUCUUGGAGUAGAUGACACAGUGGAUAAACUGAAGAUGAUGGAAGGACGAAAAACCAGCAUCCGCAAAUCUGUCCAGGUGGCUUAUGACCGGGCCAUGAUCCAUAUGAGUCGAGUCCGGGGAGACCAUCCUUUUGUCACGCCAAAUUAUCUGUAGGGACUGAAAGUACCUGCUCUGCCCUUCUUUUCACCCCAAUAAUAAUGUCUGCCUCUACAGGAACUGUGGCAGGUGUGUACUGAUUGGUAGGAUCAGUAGGGUUCUUCCAC